AUGAACUCUUUUGUUUUGGGAAGAUCCUGUGGCGGUGGACUUCGAAACUUUCGACGUGCUAUGUCUGGAGUCCAAGGAUUUAAGUGUGCUGAUAGAAUCGUGAAUGCUAAGCCUUCAAUUUGGGUUGAGUUUACUACUCUUGCGGCCGAAAGUAAAGCUGUUAAUCUAGGCCAGGGUUUCCCAGAUGGGCCUAUGCCUAAGUUCGUAUCUGAUUUAUUGAGAGAAAUAUGCAAUCAUCCUGAAAGAACUGAUUGGCAUCAAUAUACCAGAGGAUUCGGACAUCCUCGCCUAGUACAAGCUCUAUCAAAGCUCUAUGGUGGUUUCUACGGAAGAGAUAUCAAUGGAGUACAAGAAAUAUUGGUCACUGUGGGAGCUUACUUAUCUUUGUAUUACACAUUUUUGGGUUGGAUCAAUCAUGGGGAUGAAGUAUUAUUGAUUGAACCAACGUAUGACUGUUAUGCUCCCCAAGUUCGCAUGGCCGGAGGAAGUCCGGUUCCAGUUGUUAUGAACUUAAAAGAAGGAGCAAAAACUUCUGCUGAAUUUACCUUGGAUGUGAAUGCCCUCAGAAACAAAUGGACACCAAAAACAAAAAUGCUUGUGCUCAAUAACCCCAAUAAUCCAACAGGCAAAGUUUUUUCUCGAGAAGAACUUGAACAAAUUGCUGAGUUUGUUAGGGAGAAAAACUUGAUCGUUGUAGCAGAUGAAGUUUACGAAUGGCACGUUUUCGGUGGAGAGAAAAUGAUUCGUUUCGCUAGUAUUCCUGGAAUGUACGAAAGAACAAUUUCCAUUGGCAGUGCUGGCAAAGCUUUUUCUGUAACUGGAUGGAAACUCGGAUGGGCUAUUGCUCCAGAGCACUUGUUAGCUCCUAUUAAGAUGGUGCAUCAAAAUUGCGUGUUCACCUGUAGCACACCAACACAGGAAGCAAUUGCUCAAGCGUUUGAGAAAGAAAUGGCUAUUUUUGAUACGAAUCCUGAAGAUUCCUACUUAUUAACUGGUCUCUCAAGCGAGCUCCAAACCAAGAGGGAUAAGCUUGCUGAUAUGCUACGCGAAGCCGGUCUUCGACCUAUUCUACCCCAAUCCGGAUAUUUUAUGCUCGCAGAUUUUGGAGGAAUUGAUGGUCCUUUCCGAGAAGAAGCUGGCGAUGGAAGCUCGAUUGACUUCAGAUUUGUUCGUUGGCUGUGCAAAGAAAAAAAACUAGCAACUAUUCCUCCAUCAGCAUUUUAUUCGGGCGACUCAGAGGCCAAGAACAAUACACUGAUUCGAGUAUGUUUCAUGAAGACGGACAAAACUUUGAAUGAUGCUCAUGAAAUUCUGAAAACGCUGAAGAAUUGA